AAGUUGAGUGUAGCCAUUACUAUUUGGUUUCGUUCUCGCACAAUCUCGUUAAGGGAACAGAAGCCGGUUUUGUUUACAUUUUGCGGGCAACGGAAUCGUCAAAAAUCAACAAUGAGCAAAGCACAUCCACCGGAGUUGAAAAAAUACAUGGAAAAAAGACUUGCAUUGAAGCUGAACGGAGGUCGGCGCAUCAAUGGCAUCCUGCGUGGGUUUGAUCCCUUCAUGAACCUCGUCAUUGAUGAGACCAUUGAGGAGACAAAGACAGGCGAGAAACAUGCCAUAGGGAUGGUGGUUGUUCGUGGUAACAGCAUCAUAAUUCUGGAGGCACUGGACAGAGUUUGAUAGAACCGACAGUGGACUACCAGAUCGUGUUUUUAAAGUUGUUAAUGACUCACACGUUCCUUUGUUUAGGAGCACCGAAAUAUUGGCAGCAUGGUUGAAUAUUUUCUGAAAACAUUUGUGGACUUUUUGUACAUUAGAAAUUGUUGCCACAACAUCUGAAACAUGAGACUCUACAUUCAGUGUCGAUUGUGUAAUUGAUAUAAGUAAUAGUAAAUAUUUUGAUUGAAUGGUCUACAGUAAGAAAACAGUAAACCAAUUUCAGAAAUUGAUGCAAUUUAUUAGAGGCAUAUGUAUUCAGAGCCUCAUUUCAAUGACAAACUAAGUUUUUUUCUCAAUAUCAAAAAUUACACUUAUGACUGUUCUGAACAAUUUAUGUCAAUAUAUAUUAUACCCUAAUUAAAAUAACAAUUUGUAGGCAAGUAGAACUUGCUUAGGCUGUCUUGAUCAUGCUCAUUCAUUUAAUAAUGUGUAUAUAUUGUCAUUUCGCCCUUCUUUUUUGUCUUAUUGUCAUAUAAAAUAAAACUUCCAAAUUGA